AUGAGAAACGCUCUUGAUGAAAUUGAAAACAAUGGUUUAUCCGUAAUAGCUGCUCCUGUGCGUCAUGACGUGCCUACGACUUUGAGAAGAUACAUUGGAAAAUUCAAACAUGUCGACGUGGAAAACAUAAUGGGUGGCUUAACUCCAAAUUACACCGUUAGAAAAGUGUUUUCUCUUGAAGAGGAAAAGCAAUUGUGUGAUUAUUCUGACGGUGAAGAUGAUGCCUUUAUUCCACAGCCUUCAACUAGCUCAAGCUCACCCAGACCAAAAAGACUCAAUAGAACAGUGAGUGUUGAGGACUUUGACAGUGACGAUUCACUAAAGGAUUCCGAUUUCACCCCAACGUCCAAAAAACCUUGUCAUGUACGAUUCAUUUCUGAUGAAACGUCGGAUGAUUCCAGCGAUGAAGAUUUACCUCUAGCGCAUCUGUUGCCAGCAAAUGCUCCUCCAGACGAAGAUAUUGUUCCUGUAUGGACAAAAAAUACGCCAGAUGCGAGUAAGUUUUCAACAGCUACUUUUGAUAAACCCUUUGGCCCAAAAAUACCUGUCAAUAUUGAAUCUCCUUCCGAGAUAUUUUUCAGUUUGUUUGAUGAAGAACUCUGCAAUAGGAUUAUCACAGAGUCUAAUUUAUCAAAAGUAAGCAUGCAGGGUGUAGCGUGCUUCUUUUUAAUAAUGGUCAGCAUUUUCACUAUAUACUCUUCAAGUUCAGCAUCAGUUAUCAACUGUCCACUGAACAACUUUCAGCAGGAGAUCAAUCCGAAAAUAAGCCAGCUGUGUUACGCUAUUGAACAAGCUCUUCAGGAUUCGCCAUCUCAAAAUGAUGCAUUUGCUGGAAGACUUAUUGAUGAACGCAAUACCAACCUGAACGCCAAGAGGCAGGAUGUUGAUCAUGUUUUUCUAAGAUUUGGCAGACGAUUUGGAUUGUAAUAAAACCAAGCAUUGCAAUAUUUUUAUUAGGAUGUUGUUCUCCCCUUUUUUAACCUAAUGUUGUAGCUUCUCACAUGUGUAAGAAAAAAGUUGUCUACACUUACCUUAUUUUUCCUAAUUAUACUAUGUUAUAAAUUAAUAUGAUUGAGGAUACUACAAAUAUUGUUCCUUUUAAUUUUCAUAAUUUACAAAAAUUGUACAAGUUAUUAAAAAACUUAAUAAAUAUAUAUUUAUAAAUGUGGCCGUAAUAGAUGGUUACCUACUCAUGAUCAAAAAAAAAAACAAAUUUUUAUGCUGUACCUAACUUUUUACGUCGCACUCGUAAAACAUAGCUAAAGCUGAAAGCUUUCCAAUUACUGUCGUUAAAACAUAUUCAUGAUGAUUUCAUAAAAAAAUACAUUAGUAUUUUAUAUUGCUUUGAAUUUUUUUAAACCUCCUAGGCACCAUAAAAAAAUUGCAAAUUUUACGAGUACCUAUUAAAAAUGUCCAUGUGUCUAUCUUUUUUUUUGAAUCCAUUAUUCUAAAAUUUUUACUUUUACCAAAUUCAAAAUAACUAGGUAUUUUCGUUUUGGGUUUGGAAUAUCCCCAAAAUCGACUCUAUCGUGAUUAUACAAAGAGUAGGUAGGUACUCGAGAAGUCGAGAUAGUGGCUUCUAAUAAAGAAUAAAUAUAAAAAAGACAGAAUGGAUUUUCUUAUUUUAAAAAUUUUGGGCAUCAAACUUGAAAAAAACUUUGUUUUAAACUCUGAUGACUAAUUUUAUAAAUUAUUUUCUUUGAAGUAGGUACCUACGACUUUUAAACAAACUUCUUCUAUGCAAUGAUAAUGUUCAUUCUUUCACUAUAGGUGGCGGUGUCAAUUUAUCUGAAAAGAAUAAAUAGAUUUUUAUUUAG